CGCGCAUGGCGGCCCGCGGCCUGCGGGCGGCGGCCGGGGCCCUGCGGAGAGCCUGCGGAGCGUGGAGCCCGCGCCUGGGACGGCGUCUGUUCUGCUCGCCCCCCAUGGCCGGGAACGUGCAGGCCCCCGCCCCCGUGGGCGCCGCGCGGGAGCAGGACCGGAAGGCCCGGAUCUGGGAGGACGCCGAGCAGCAGGCCAAGAAGCUCAAGAGCAGCCCGGACGCCGAGCCGCACCGGAAGCUGCCCAAGCGGAAGAUCGUGUUGCUCAUGGCCUAUUCCGGGAAGGGCUACCACGGCAUGCAGAGGAAUGUUGGGUCUUCACAAUUCAAGACCAUCGAAGAUGACUUGGUGUCUGCCCUGGUCCAGUCGGGUUGUAUUCCUGAAAAUCACGGCGAAGACAUGAGGAAAAUGUCCUUCCAGCGGUGCGCCCGGACAGACAAGGGUGUGUCCGCGGCUGGGCAGGUCGUGUCCCUGAAGGUGUGGCUGAUUGACGACAUUUUAGAAAAGAUCAACAGCCACCUUCCGCCUCACAUUCGGAUACUGGGACUGAAGAGGGUCACGGGCGGCUUCAACUCCAAGAACAAGUGCGACGCCAGGACCUAUUUCUACAUGCUGCCCACGUUCGCCUUCGCCCACAAGGACCACGACGUGCAGGACGAGCGCUACCGGCUGAGCGCAGAGACGCUGCGGCGUGUGAACGGGCUGCUCGCCUGCUACAGGGGCACGCACAACUUCCAUAACUUCACCUCGCAGAAGGGGCCGCACGAGGCCAGCGCUCGGCGCUACAUCCUGGACAUGUUCUGUGAGGAGCCGUUUGUGCGGGAGGGCAUGGAGUUCGCAGUGAUCAAGGUGAAGGGGCAGAGCUUCAUGACCCACCAGAUCAGGAAGAUGGUCGGCCUGGUGGUGGCCGUCGUCAAGGGCUACGCCCCCGAGAGCGUGCUGGAGCGCAGCUGGGGGGAGGCGAAGGUGGACGUGCCCAAGGCGCCGGGGCUUGGCCUGGUCCUGGAGCGCGUGCACUUCGAGAAGUACAACCAGCGCUUUGGCAACGACGGGCUGCACGAGCCGCUGGACUGGACGCAGGAGGAGGCAGGGGUCACGGCGUUCAAGGAGCAGCACAUCUACCCCACCAUCAUCAGCACCGAGCUCCACGAGCGGUCCAUGGCCCAGUGGCUGAGCACCCUGCCCGUGCAUGACUUCAAUGCCACUGCGCACGCGGCAGCCAGCCCAGGCGCCAAGGUGGGGUCUGGGGCCGUGAGGCUGGAGGCCGGGGCCCCGGGGCUGCCACAGGCCCUCCCUUCUGGGAGCUUGGCCAAGCUUCUCACCUGCUCUGCACUGCUGUCCUUGCGUCCGUUGUGCAGACGAGCAAGCUGAGGUGCAGAGAGGUGUGUCAGGCUCUUGGGGUCACACGGCUGCGAUGAGCGGGGCCAGGGUGUUGGACCGGGUGGCUGGUGACCCCGUAAUGCUGCUUUGUGUUCGCUCCCCACUCAGUGCCUAGUGACCUUGGACAGAGGCUGUGCUCCAUGGCCUGCCUUCCUGUUUUUGGUACAGAGGUGUGAGGGGCACUUUGGGGUCCUCAGCACGUGUCUGUUGUCACACCUGCUCUGGAACGUGGGGUGCUUGGCGCCCACUCCGGGUGGUUGCCGUGUGGCGCGGCCUCCUGGUAGGGCCGCGGCUGCAGGCGGCUCGUCCCUCCCGGUAGCGUUAGGAGGAGGACGUGUGUGUGAGGCCCUGAAGUUAACCGUAGUCUGCAGCUGGAGUUCUUUCCCUGGGGCGGGAGACGUCCUUGAGCCUGGGUUCUCUGCUGGCCCAGCAGCUCUCCACAGGCGCAGUCCCACCCGGAGCGCUGGAAGAGUGCUUCCCAUCGUCUGUGCGCUCAGAAACACGUGCUCCUUCUGGCACACCGGGGUUGCCAAGUGACGCACGCAGGUAAGGGAAGCCAGCCAUGUGGGCCAGGUGUGGAAGGACAGGAGUGCAGGCAGAACGAGGAGUGGGAGCAGGUCAGGGAGGUGAUGGAGAUUGGACACUGGCAGGCGGGAGUGCUCCUGCUCUGUCUCACGGCCAGUGGGGGGAGGGCCACGCCCGGAGAGCAGAAGCUUUUCCUGGGAGGGACGGGUAUUCCAGGAUUUUACGUGAGAUCAUCUGCUCUUGAGGGUUGAUGGUGACUAGUUCUCCCAAACACCGUGAGGCCAGACGGAGUGUGUGUGCAGGUUCGAGCUGGGGGCCGCUUGCUGUCUUCACACCUGGGGGAGGGCCUGCGCUUGUCCAGUGUGGAGUAGCCCCGUUUUGUGUGCCCCGAAGGCACUGCGUCCUGAGGGGAUCUGAUGGAGCCCCACGAAGACCCCCUGUCCCCAGCCUUGCUUUCCCCGCCCAGGCCGGGGUCUUGAAGUGUUGGCGUGGAGACCAGGGGUCGGGCUGAGAGCAAGUGCUUGUGCUCGUCCGUGGCAAUGGGGCAGGUGGGGGGCGGGCCCUGAUGCUGAGCCCCCCCCCCCGGGAGGAAGCACCCACACUUUUGCUCUUGUCCUGCAGGUGCCCAGCCCCCUAGGAGACAGUGACUGAGGUGGCGGCCGCCCGCUGGAGCGCCUUCGGGCUGGCCCAAUGUGUGCCAGGAGCCGCCGCCGCUGCAGGCCAUCCUUGCCAGCAUGGGAGAGCUGCGCCGCGGCCCCGCAACCUCAGGGUCUCGAGACCUGCGUCACGCUGGGUUUCAUCACAGGGAGGACCUGCUGCGAAUGCAUUAACCGUGUACACCUCAGCAUGUAAAGACACUAUUUUUUUAAAGAAGCAAUUUUCUUAUUAAAUAAGUACAAACUUUGCUUAA